CACCAAGAAGUCUCGCCCUGACGUGCUGUCUGUUCACAUUGUUUGGUGACUCUCCCUUGGUUAGUAAUAAAAGGUUGGUUUUGUUUUGAGGCCUCCAUUAGUUGCUUUCCUUCCUGGUUUUGCACUUUUGUAUCAUCUCUCUCAGAAGCAAUGGCAGCAGAGAACCCCAAGUCCAUUUAUGAUUUCACAGUCAAGGAUAUGAAAGAAAAUGAUGUGACUCUGAGUAGCUACAGAGGAAAGGUUCUUCUUAUUGUUAAUGUUGCUUCCAAAUGUGGAUUGACUCAUUCCAACUACAAGGAGUUGAAUGUUGUAUAUGAAAAAUACAAGGACCAAGGUUUUGAGAUCUUAGCAUUUCCCUGCAACCAGUUCAUGAGUCAAGAACCUGGAAGCAAUGAAGAGAUUCAGGAGGUAGAUUGCACCAUAUUCAAAGCCGAGUUCCCCAUCUUUGACAAGAUUGAAGUGAAUGGGAAAAAUGCUGCACCUCUCUACAAAUUUCUGAAAUCCCAGCAAGGUGGUAUACUCGGUGAUGCCAUAAAGUGGAACUUCACUAAGUUUCUCGUGAACAAGAAUGGCAAGGUCGUCGACAGAUAUGCACCCACCACUUCACCGUUGAAAAUAGAGAAAGAUAUUCAGAAAUUGUUGGAAGCAUGAGCAUGUUCAAGUUUUUCGUCUAUGUUUUAUGCUGGUGAUAAGGGGCUGUACAUGCUUGUUUCAGUUGAAGUUAUGGGACACCAGAAUCUAUCCUCAUUGUAAUAAGUCACAUCCUGUAGGGCUGUUGACAUUUGUUAGAAAUUUCUUGUGAUAUCGACAUUGACAUUCUGAUAGCAUUGCCAUUAUAUAUUAUGAACAAAAUUAUUGUAGUAAAGAAUUUGAGUAUCAACAGAAUGAUAUAUUGUUAAA